UCUAAUGUUUAACCUGGUGCUGCUGCCGACGCAGCGUACCCGGGACAGAAGAGGCGGGUGGGGGGAAGUGAGCCUGAGGAAAAGGAGCCUGCCGCUUCUGUUUUCUCCCUUUUACCCUGCAAGCCAAAGAACCAGCAGGAGCUUCCCGCAAUGAAGACGGUAGUGAAAUACCUAUUAGGCCUUCUUGCACUUGCAGUUAUCAUUACAGUCAUAGUUGUUCCGGUAGUUUUGUUGACAUGGGAAGAUUCUCCUGAUCCCCGUAGAAAAUUUACUUUGCAGGAUUAUCUGAGCGAUGAUUUUCAGUACAGAUCGUAUCAACUGCGGUGGAUCUCAGGUCAUGAGUAUGUCCACACAAAUCAGAACAAUGUUUUACUCUACAAUGUUGAUGAUGGAAGAGAGUCUAUAAUCUUAUCAAAUAGCACUUUAGCCAGUUGCAAUAGUUCUGAGGCAAUAUUGUCACCUGACAAAAAAUUUGCUCUUCUGCGAUACAAUUAUGAGAAGGUAUGGAGGCACUCAUACACUGCAUCAUACCAUAUCUAUGAUCUAAAUAACAGGUCAUUAAUAGAUGAGAACCCACUUCCUACGUCUAUCCAGUAUAUAUCCUGGUCACCUGUUGGACACAAACUGGCUUAUGUUUGGCAUAACAACAUUUAUGUGAAGACAACACCAAAUGCCUAUCCUGUUAAUAUCACUGUGAACGGAGCCGAAAAUAGUAUUUUAAAUGGACUAGCAGACUGGGUGUAUGAAGAGGAAAUGUUUGGCACCCAUUCUGCUCUGUGGUGGUCUCCAAAUGGCAGUUUUUUGGCGUACGCAGAGAUUAAUGACACGGAAGUUCCUCUUAUUGAGUAUUCAUUUUAUUCGGAAGAUACACUGCAAUACCCAAAGACCAUUAAAAUCCCAUAUCCUAAGGCAGGUACUAAAAAUCCAACAAUAAGACUGUAUGUUGUGGAUAUUCCAUCCCUUCCCAAAAUCAGUAUCUCUGAAAUAGUUGCACCACCUAGUAUAAUAUCAGGGGAUCACUACUUGAGUGUUGUAACAUGGGUGACUGAUGAAAGAAUUUGUCUGCAGUGGCUUAGAAGGAUUCAAAACUUUUCUGUGCUCACCAUCUGUGACUACUCUAGUGGUGCGUGGCAGUGCCCUAAGGAAAAGCAGCAUUCUGAAGAAAGUAAAACAGGCUGGAUUGGCCGAUUUCAGCCAUCUGAACCUUACUUUGCUUCUGACAAAAUUAGCUACUACAAAAUUAUCAGUGAUUUGGAAGGAUAUAAACAUAUUCACUACACGGAUAGCACAGGUCAAAGGAAACCUAUUACAAAUGGCAAGUGGGAAGUAAUCAGUAUAGCUGCUGUAACAAAUAACAAUCUAUACUUUAUUAGUAAUGAAUUUGAAAGUAGACCAGGAGGAAGACAUCUUUAUAAAGUGGACUUAAAAAAUGGCUUGAAAAAAACAUGUAUCACUUGUGAUCCAAAGGAAGGAGGAUGUCAGUAUUUCUCUGUAUCCUUCAGCACAGAUGCAAGAUACUAUAAACUGAAUUGUUAUGGUCCUGGUCUGCCCUACUUCACCUUGCAAAACAGCACUACAGACAAAGCUGUUAAGGCCCUAGAAGACAAUGAUGAUCUGAAAAAUUUAUUAAAGGAUAUUCAGAUGCCCAGCAAAAUACUGAAAAACAUUAUUCUGCAUGGACAAACAUUCUGGUAUCAGAUGAUCUUGCCUCCUAAUUUUGAUGAGUCGAAAAAGUAUCCCAUGCUCAUUGAUGUGUAUGCAGGUCCUUGUAGUCAGAAAGCAGAUGCUGCCUUCCGGAUCAACUGGGCUAUGUAUCUGGCAAGCUCAGAAGGGAUUAUUGUGGCUAGCUUCGAUGGUAGAGGAAGUGGCUUUCAAGGAGAUAAAAUUUUGCAUGCAAUAUACCGAAGACUGGGAACCUAUGAAGUUGAAGAUCAGAUCUCAGCAGCUAAGCUAUUUUCUGAAAUGAGCUUUGUUGAUAAGGAUAGAAUAGCUAUUUGGGGCUGGUCCUAUGGGGGUUAUGUAACUUCCAUGGUCCUUGGAGCUGGAAGCGAUGUGUUCAAGUGUGGAAUAGCUGUGGCACCUGUCUCACGCUGGCAGUAUUAUGAUUCUAUAUAUACUGAACGCUACAUGGGUUUGCCUGUAGAAAGUGAUAACCUGGAUAAUUAUGAGAACUCCACAGUAAUGGCCAGAGCAGAAAACUUCCGAAAAGUUGACUAUCUCCUGAUCCAUGGAACAGCAGAUGAUAAUGUUCAUUUUCAGCAAGCAGCCCAGAUUUCAAAAGCUCUGGUUGAUGCGCAGGUGGAUUUCCAAUCAAUGUGGUAUACAGAUAAAGAUCAUGGAAUUGGAGGAGAUGCCCACAGCCAUCUUUACCACCACAUGAGUCAUUUUAUCAAACAGUGUUUUGCAUUGUCAUAAUAUUGGGAACACCUUACCUGUCUGGAGCUGGUCAGCCUUUGAAGUUUUAAGAGCACUUUUCUAGCAGAUUGUCCCAUUUUUCAUUGGAUGACCCAGUAAAGUUAAUUUUUGUGGACACAUGAA